AUGUUCAAAGUAAAAAUAAUAAUAAAAUUUAGAUAAUAGAAAUUGAUAGUUUUAAAACUGCUACAUUAUUAUUGACUUUAGCAUUCUUUUAUGAUAUAUUUUGGGUAUUUAUAAGUCCUUAUUUUUUUGGAACAUCUGUUAUGGCAUAAGUUGCUACAUCAAUAGAUUUACCAAUGAAAUUUAUAUGUCCACCUUUAAUGAAAUCAUAUAAUUCUCCUUUAAUGAGAUGUUCUAUACUUGGUUUAGGUGAUAUUCUAUUACCAGGAAUAGUUGUUAAAUACAUUCUAAAAUUUGAAAAUAUUAUAAAUAAAGGAUAUUGUAUGUAUAUUACAUCAAUAAUUGGAUAUUGUAUUGGAUUAUUAGUUUGUAUGCUUUCUUUGGUGAUAUAUUAAUAAGCAUAACCAGCCCUAUUAUAUUUAGUUCCUAUAAUAUUAAUACCUGUUUUGAUAAUGAGUGUCAUAAGAAAAUAAUUUUAUUCUUUAUGGAAGGGAUAGAUAUUUAAAUCAUAGAAAUCAGCUGGAGUUUAUGAGUUGCAAUAGAGUGAAUAAGUUUGAUAUAUAUAUAUUUAUUAUAAAUUAUAUGAAUAAUAUAUGAAAUAUUUAUUAUUUGAUAACAAUUGAAUGAUUAAUUAGGAAAUAAUUAGGAAUGUUAAUGGAAAUAAAGAAAAAAAUGAUUUAUUCUAAAAUUGUAUAAUAAUCUUAUAUACUAAGAUAUAACUAAAAAGGAUCGAGAAUAAGUGAGUGGAAUAUUAUAGCCAUAGCUUAGAACAUUAAAUUUUGAUGAACUUACUAAUGUACAAAUAUUUAAAUUAAAUCUAGGGAACUUUAGAUGAUCACAUGAGUUGUUAAACCUUUUUAAAUUUCUUACCAAACUAAGACUAUAGAGAUAGUGAUGAUCAUAUGUGCGGAUAUAAAAAGAAAUAUAUUAUAGAUUAAUUAAAGAAUGCAUUUAUUUAAGGUUAAGGUAAUAAUAUAAAUAGAUAAAUAGGAAUUAAUGUAUCAUUAUUGAAAGCAUUAUAAAAAAGAACUGAUUCAUGUGAAAAAAAAAGCGAUUUAUAUACAUUAAUAGAUGAUGAAAAUAUUUCAAAUAAAGGAAUUGAACAAAUGAAAACAAUGAUGGAGAAAUAUUCUGAAAGGUAAUUCAAAAUAUAGAGAUACAAAAAUAAAAGAAGGAAUUGGGAUAGAAAAAUCUCUUAUUAAGCUAGAUCUUAAGUUGCUGAAUAACGUUUAAGAAUUAAAGGAAGAUUUAUAAGUAAAUCAGAUUAAUAAUCCAUUAAAAAAUUAAUUAAUCAUAAAAAAUAAGAAGAAUUUUACGAUUAAAAGCAUAAUCUCAAUAUUUCAAAAUUUUAAUAACAUACAAAAUUAUUUUAAUAUAGUUCAGACCCUAAUAAAAUACCUAAAAAGUAAAUUCUUAUUGAUAUAAGAGAUGAAUACAAAUUUCAAUAAUAAUAAAUAAAGAUACUCAAAUAAAUUCAUAACAAAACUUAGAUUUUUUAGAUUGUCUAGUAAAAUAAAUCUUGA